AUGGGGCAUACUAUGGCAAGUUGGAAAGGGGACUGGGGGUUUGAUGCUUCAAUUCUCGAGAUGGUCGAAAAUGCGAUCCCACCUUAUCUUAUUAGUACCGAGAGGAGCUCUCCCUUCCCUUUUAGGGGCAGUGGCACGGCGGCGAACUCUCCUCGGACUGCAUAUGAACUCUUAAGCUUAGAGUUGAUGCACUUUAUGGAGAAUCAUUUCGAAGAAACUGGAGCACUGCCAGGCAAUGCUGACAUACAACUCGAGGCGUGUCGCAUUAUUUUUGCAUCCGAGGUCUUGUCGUCCAUGGAAGAGCCUGAAGCAAACCCACCUUCAUCUUGGCUACGAGACAUCAUCACUUCAAACCCCAGCCUGUCUCAGCAAGCGCUAUUCGGACCUAUCCGAUCACGACGAGAGAAUAAGCUUUCAUCUCUGGAAAUCAAAGGAAAGAAGAACCUCUUUGAAGGAUGUCCCCUUGAGGCUGAAUUACGCACGCUUGUUGAAACCAAGCAAAUGUUGGGCCAAACGACUAUUGAGAAUGAUGAGCUUCAACACGAGGCUUGUCGAGUAGUCAAGACGAUAGAGACUGUCGCCUCAAAGCAGUCAUAUGAUCUAGUGGCUAAUUGGUUGGUCAAGAUGAUUCUCGAAUCCAGUCACUGGUUAGAUGGCUUUAGGCAACGUAUGCAUCUUCCACCUGCGGAAUCACCAGAAUCGUCGAGCCAGCCGCUAAUACUCUCUGCCGAUGGACUUCUCUGCGAGUCGAGCCAAUGCAUUUUGACAGCUGCCAACAACGAAGGCAAUUCAUCUGCCUUUAUGUCCGAAUCUAGGACUGGCCAACCAUUCUGGACUGAAACAAGUCCUUACAUGCUCAAUGACUCCAAUUUUCACGAGCGCUUGGGAAGGGAAUUGCGUCGUUGGGUAUCUUCCACCAUGUCUCCACGAAACCCUCAAUGUCAUAUCCCAACAGACGAAGAACUGCGGCAUCAAGCACGCUGGAUAGCAUAUGGGGAUGACGACCCAUGGAACCAAACGCAUGCAGAUAACCCCGAAUGGUUAGAAAGAUUCAAGCAGAGCGUCGGUAUUCCCUAA